AUCCGACAACCCAAUCCCAAAGAAGAAGGAAGCAGCAGCAGCAGCUAGCUAGCUACCCUGUGCAGGCAAUAAUGAUAUGGCCUAUUUUACUGGACCAGUUUUGCAACUGGCUAUCUCUCUAGCUUGUAGGAGUAACCAUUUGUAAUGUAUAAUCAAUUUGGUGUAUAAUCAAUUAUAUCGAUCGAGUAAUCUACGAUGACAAUAGGACUAUCGUGGAAACCAUGAAAAGAUCUAGAAGUGUUGGUGCGUCUUCACCUUUGAAUGGGAUAGGAAAACAAGCUGCUGUGGGUUGAGGGACCUCAGCUGAACCAUUGUCAUGUGGACAGAUGGCGACUCCCGGAGGAAGAGGAAGGUGGCAGAGAUCUCUCAGGCCCUGAAUGUGACGCCAGUGGAUGUGGCGGCACUAAGGAGGAUGGCCAUCAGUGAGGGGGGGCUGCUCACAGACGAGAUCCGCUGUAAAGUGUGGCCCCGGCUGCUGAACGUGCCUACCGACACCCUGCCUGAGAAACCAGAGGAAAUAGAGAGGGAGAAUAAUAAGGACUAUAACCAGGUGCUGUUGGAUGUCCAGCGUUCCCUUAAAAGAUUCCCUCCUGGCAUGCCAGACAAGCAGCGUGAGGGCCUCCAGGAGGAGCUGAUUGACAUCAUCCUGCGGGUGCUGGGAAGGAACACCCAGCUACACUACUACCAGGGCUACCACGACAUCGUGGUCACCUUCCUACUUGUGCUGGACGAACGUCUGGCCACUGCUCUGGUAGAGAAACUCUCUACGCACCACCUCAGGGACUUUAUGGACCCCACCAUGGACAACACUAAACACAUCCUUAACUAUCUGAUGCCAAUCAUCGAGAGGAUCAACCCAGAGGUGCAUGACUUCAUGCAGCAGGCAGAGGUGGGCACCAUCUUUGCCCUUAGCUGGCUCAUCACCUGGUUUGGCCACGUCCUAUCAGAUUUCCGCCACGUUGUGCGGUUGUAUGACUUCUUCCUGGCCUGCCAUCCUCUGAUGCCAAUCUACUUUGCUGCUGUGAUUGUGCUGUAUCGAGAGGACGAGGUGUUGGACUGUGAGUGUGACAUGGCGUCGGUGCACCACCUCCUGUCCCAGAUCCCCCAGGACCUGCCCUACGAGACACUCAUCAGCCGUGCAGGAGAUCUCUUUGUCCAGUUCCCCCCCUCCGAGCUGGCCAGGGAGGCUGCCCAACAGUACAGUCAACAGACAGCAGCUUCCACCUUUAAAGACUUUGACCUGGUCUCAGAGCAGCAGCGGCCUGACUCAGUCCUGCGAAGGCGGCUGAGGGAGAAGCAGGCGCUGGAAGGAGCAGCUGCAGGGGCCAUGGUGGUGAUGGCACAACCCACUGUGGCCCGACGCUUCGUACGACUGGCCGUCAUGGGGCUCACUGUGGCCCUGGGGGCAGCUGCCCUCACCCUGGUCAACACAGCCCUGGAGUGGGUGCCCAAACUGGACUUGCAUCUCUUCCCCUGAGCGAGGGGGAGACUUGGAGGGAACAAAUGGGGGCUGACGUACAGACUUAAACAGGGCGGCUAUUACAGCAGAAGACGUACACGAGAGGGAAAGAGAAUAUGGAGUUCUGUUCCCUAUUAUGAAGGACGAGAAUGGAACAGAGACUUGACUGUUAACUUUGUCUUUAAUUUAUAUUUGUAAAUAAAAUAACUGGAUACUGAUAAAUGUCGUGCACAGAGGGAUUAAGCUAUUUAUGUGAUGGCAAGCGGCAACUUUUAAGGCUUUGGGUUACUAGUUGAAGAGCAGUCACUGGGGUCGAAACUGCUGCCAAUGAAGAGUGUAUGUGAUUGUGUCCGAGAUGGCACACUUGUCCCUAUGUAGUGUACUGUAUAGGGUGCCAUUUCAGAUGCUGUGUGUUCAUGCUAUUCGGUUCAAGGGUGAGUUAAAUGACCCUCUGAGCCUCACAUGGGCCAUGUUGGCACAAGGACAGACAGUUCUCGCACGCCCCCCCUGGCCUGGUCUCCCCCCCCCCCCACCCCCGGCAGAUCAAGUCAAAUUGCCUGCCCUAAAAACACGUCCUUUUCAUUACUGUACCAAGACCAAAUACACAACUCCCAUCUUUGUAUGUUUAGCACUUAAUUGUAUCAUUUUCUAAAGCAUUAAGUUAUAGGAACUAUAAUUUUUGCAUAAACACACCACCCAUAUUUAUCAUGGAUGACAAUUUGCAUAAGUUAUGCCUAAAAUAAAUGAGUAAUAGGUUAGCUUUGAUCUCGGACAAAGCACCGAUGGCACUGCCAGAUAUCCCAUAAGCCCUGACUGGAUCCCAUGCUUUUAUUGCACAAUAAUUAAAUCCUAUUUAGUUAGUUCCACAUGUCUUCACAUUUCAGCAGAACUCAUUAUACUCACCAAAUGGCUUGGUUGAAGAAAGGACAAGGUUUUUGCACAUUUCAUUUUUAGCAAUGUCACUUGAGCUUGUUGACAGAGUUUAAAAAAAAAAGUGAUUCAUUGGACCUGCUCAUUUGUUCAACAGAAAUACAUGUGUAUAAUCAUGCGUAGUCGACUUGAUUGCGACACAGAUACUCAGCAGUGCCUAUUUUGGAUAUCAAACAAUACAGCUCCAUCAGUCUUAUUUGCAAUAGGUGGAUUUUGUUGCACAGAAAUUGCCUCAUUCUGUAUCAUUGCACUAAAUGUUUUUUUCUGCCUUUUAUGUUGAUUUCUGUUAUAUUUGUCAUGAGAACAAUUAAAACAUUUACAAGAUCAAAGCAAAUAAACUACCUAGGUUGAGUGGA